UCAAGUACCAUACACACCACACCAGAUCAUCUUGAAACUCUCAGAGUUACAGCAUAAAAUCAAGUGCACCAUGCGUUUCAACACACCGCUUAUACUCUUGGUCCUCUCUUGCCUAGGUCUGGCAAUGGCCCAAGUGUCCUAUGACGACUGCUGCCUGACAUAUGUGAAAGAGCUCAGCAAAAGGCUUCAGGAGCGUGCGGUCAAGUACAGAAUUCAGGAGACUGACGGAGGCUGCAACAUCCGUGCUGUCAUCUUCACCAUGCGUAAAGGCCGUGUGUACUGUAGCGACCCACAAGAUCUGUGGGUAAAGGAGCUGAUGGUCAGCAUCGAUGAAAAGGCCAUCAAGCACAGCAAGAAGGCCUCCCUAAAGAAUCUAAGAGGCCGCUUAUUGGGUUAAAGGAGACCUCACCCUUUGACGGAAAAGGAUACACAUGUUGUUAUUUUACUUUCUCUUGCAUGUUUACACUCACUGGACCUUGUAUUAUGAUGCCGCAUGACCACUGAAUAAGGAAACAAUGCCAAUUUGAACCCGGAAACCAUGAAAUGUGAAUCUAUAUCGUGUGCAGAAUGAGAAUUUGCCAAAGCAUUAUGACAAUAAAUCAGCAUUCAAGCUUCGUGUAAAUGAUUUAUGUUCACGUCUAUGACUUAAGGCACUCUUAGGAUCUUCAU